UUGUUGAACACGCUUAAGCAUCAAAACUAGACCAAGAGCUUGUCGAACAAACAAACAUGAACUCUGUUUCUCUGCCUAGUGACGUUGUUAUGGAGAUAAUGUCCCGAGUUCCAGGCAAAUCCCUAGCCCGAUUUCGGUUAGUCUCAAAGCAAUUUAGGUCUCUCCUCUCUGAUCCUUGUUUCCUCCGCCUCCACCACAGCCGUUCACGUGAUUCCCUUUUUACUCUCAAGGCACUCAGUAAUGAGCUGAGCAACCUCUAUAAACUAAGAUACAAAUUCUCUGUGACCAACAAGGCCAAUGGCCUCAUCCACAAGUUCACGGAAGAUUUUAGUACACAUAGAAGGCCAAAGGCCAAUGGCCUCCCCAUCCGCGAGUUCACGGAAGAUUAUAGAACACAUAAAAGUUCAAUCAGAAUGUUAAGUUCCUACCACCAGCUCUUAUGCUUCGUUUGUGAAGGUGGGAUCCAUCUUUGUGACCCCUUGAACAAGGAAUUGAAGAAUUUACCUAACCCUACCUUUUCUCGGUGCUGUAAUUUCAAUAAACCUGGCGAUUGUCUCGUCUCCUUUGGAUUUGUUGACGCCACGAUGCAGUACAAAGUCAUCAAAUGGCCUCAUGACUUAGAUGAAAACCGUACAAGAAGGUUGCCAAGUGGCCUCAUCACAGUUUGGAAGAAAGUCAAUGAACUUAAGUUUGAGGUCUUGAAUAUCGAUAUUGUUGAAGAUGGCCGUCUUAAAGUAUCCCCUUGGAGAUUGCGGCAUAGACUAUGUCCCUAUCUCUUACAACUCUCUUCUCAGGUUCACGUGAAUGGAUAUAUCUAUUGGACCACUAGUGAUUUUCAGAUCGUGUCUUUCUCUCUACAAGACGAGACUUUUUCAGCUAUAAGCCCUAAACCCCCUUGCUUCUUCCUUGACACCCAAGGAUCCAAAAAGUCUAGCUCUUUCACGUUAUCCGGAAGCCGCGGAAACUUAUGGAUGGUAGAUUACGAUGUCUCGUCUCAAAUCAUGGAGAUUUGGAAGAUGGAGGAUAGACGAGGUGGCUGGGCCAACAUUCAUAAGAUCAACCUCAAAGGAACCCAUCCAAAGAAAAUUGAUUGCAAAGUGAAGAUGCUAGAUAUUCGGUCAGACGAAGUUUUGUUCAAGCUAUCAUCGACGUCGAAAAGACUAUUGAUAUGCUAUGACGCCAAGACGAACACCCUUGAGAAGUGCGGGAGAGAGUUUGGAGACUAUGAGCUAUGUCACUCCACCGAUGGACUCUUGUCUAUAGACAACCUUGCUAUGUUUCAUGCUUGUCGACCCCUCUCUUGCUUUUUAUCUUGGUAAAGGUCAAGACAAUUCCCUUGGGGUUAAAUUCUUAUCUUUUGAGAAUUUCGUGUUAUCUCUUUAGAUAAGGCCUUCUUUGUGUCUAUGUGCGUCUGCUAUAAUUUGAUUGUUGUUUUAUAUUAUUCAAAGCUUCAAGCUUCUUGUUGAUGUGGGUUGUUGUUAUUGUGUGAUAAUACCCUAUUUUAACUAUCUAUGUAUUUGGCAGUUGAUAUUUUCUAAAUUAGUUUACUUUCAAAAAAUAAAUAAUUUAUUACGUA